UUUUUUCAGCAAUAUUAUCCCCGAUCUAGGUAAGCCAUCACUGCAUACAGUAAAACAAAGACGAUGGAGGGCACGUCGAAAACACAAGCUCCACUCAACUCAAUUAUCAGUACCUCUCCCAACUGUAGAACAAGUUAUUGAACAAGAUUUGUAUUUAUCAGCUGGUGAUAAUGAAGAUUUUGAAGAUAAUUUACAUAUUGAUAGUGAAGAUUUUGAAAAUAACUUACAUAUUAAUGAUGAUCAUUUUGAUGAUAAUUUACAUAUUGAUGAUGAUAAUAUUGAGGAUAAUUUACUUAUCGAUACUAAUAAUUUGGAAGAUGAUUUAAUUUAUGAUAAUAACUGUAAUUAUAAUUUAAAUCCAGAUUUUAUUGAAUCAAAUGAACAAUGUAUUGAACAAGAAUUAGAUGAACCAUUAUAUGAUGGUGCACCAGUUACAUUUAUACGUUAUCAUAAACAAAUAUUAGAAUUCGGAAAUUUAGUUAAAUUGAACGGUUCCAAUAUGAACAAAUUAUUAAAAUUGAUCGGCAAUGCCUUACCAAUUGGAAAUAAAUUAGUAAAAUCACAUAGAAAGUUGGUUUCAAUUUUUCAAGAACGAUCGUCAUUCAAUGAAGUGUUGAGGUGUACAAAAUGUUUAGAAAUUAUUGAUAAUAAUAAUUAUUGUUCUAUAAUUUGUGAAAAAAAUCAAUGUCAACGACGAGUAGGUGAUAUUAUUGAACACAUUUCUGUUGAUCGGUCUAAUAGACAAUUGAUUGAAAUUAUUCGUCGAAACAAACACUUAAUAUUAAGUUAUCCACAACUUGUUGAUAAAUUAUUACCAUGUGAUGUUAUGACAGGAUUAGUUUAUGAAAAGAUUAUAAAAAAUCUUCAAACAUCAUCCAACAACACGUUCCCCAUUACAUUAAUGCUGCAUAUAGAUAGUACACCUAUUGUUCAUUGGAAUAAAAAACAUACGUGGUUAGUAACAGCAUCCAUUGUUGAAAUUCCACCACCACUCAGAGAAAAUCAAUUCAAUAUUUUAUUAUUAUCUGUAUGGAAUGCACCAGUCAAACCAGAUGCAGAUUCAUUGCUAAAAGAAAUUUGUGAUACAAUUAAACAAACUUUAAUUGUUGAUGAUAUUAAAUUUUCAGUCGAUAUAUUGUUAUUUAAAGCAGAUUUACCAGCUCGUGCUUUAGCAACUAAACAUGUUCAUCACAACGGAUAUUAUGCAUGCCUCGAAUGUGAUCAAGAAGGUGUAUGGUGCGAAAAAGCUCGAUAUGUUAUAUAUCCAUACAAUCAAAAUUCGGUAAAUCUUCGUACAUCAGAACAUAUUAAUAUUUGUGCCAAACUGAUUAGUCAGCAAUCUUCCGAUGAUAAUUGUUAUGGUGUAAGAGGUGUUAGUCCAUGA